CAGACAACAUGAUCUUCUAAAAGGAGAAGACUGUUCUCAACCAACUAAACAACCAAUGUGGAAACAAUGAGAUUGCUGUGGGUUUGGUUUUACGCUUCUGCUGUUUGUUCAGCAUCAUCAAGACUGACUUUUCAUGGGCACAAGGUGAUCCAGGUCCAGCUGGAGACAGAAGAACAUGUUAAGCUUAUUAAAAGUAUACACAGGAACUUCAGUAUUGAUUUUUGGCGUCCAGAUUCACCGUCAAGAAUAGCACCAAAGAUGACUGUGGAUUUUCAUAUUCAUGCCAAUCAGACUGAAAACGUACUUAACCUUCUGAAGCAGAAUAAUGUUCAAUUGGAGGUUUUAUUCCAUGACCUUCAGGCAGGAAUUGAGGCACAGCGGGACAGCCCCAGGCUUCGGAAGUCUAAGAAGCAUAGCUAUAUUAAAUACAAUGAUUGGGAGACGAUCGCUGAUUGGACCAGCAAUAUGGCUACUAAGCACUCAGAUCUUGUCAGCCGCAUUGAAAUUGGCAACACCUAUGAAGGUCGCCCAAUGUAUGUUCUUAAGGUUGGGCAGUCAAGCACCGCAGGGCCGGCCAUCUUCAUGGACUGUGGUAUACAUGCCAGAGAAUGGAUCUCACCUGCUUUCUGUCAGUGGUUUGUUAAAGAGCUUGUUUCCAGGUAUUCCAAAGAUGAAGAAGUAAAGAACCUGUUGACAAAACUGACCUUCUACAUUCUUCCUGUACUUAAUAUAGAUGGUUACAUCUACACCUGGACAACGAAUCGUAUGUGGAGAAAGAAUCGCUCACCAACAUCAGACAGCAGCUGCUUUGGCACAGACCUCAACAGGAACUUUAACAUAUCAUGGUGCGAGGUUGGAUCAGCAGAUAUUCCCUGCACUGAGAUUUACUGUGGAAAGUCACCAGCGUCUGAGGAGGAAACAAAGAAUGUAGUCAACUUCAUCCUCGGCCAUUUAGACUCAGUCAAAGCCUACAUCAGUAUUCAUGCGUACUCCCAGAUGUUAUUGUACCCUUACUCCUAUACAGAUGACCUGGCACCCAAUUCACAGGAGCUGGAUGAAAUAUCUAAAGGAGCCGUAGCAGAAUUAUCCAGCCUUUAUAAAACAAAAUAUGUCUAUGGACCCUCCGCAUCCACAAUUUAUCCCACUUCUGGAUCCUCUGAUGACUGGGCCUACACACAAGGAAUACAGUAUGCCUUCACCUUCGAGCUACGGGACAGGGGCAAGCGUGGCUUCCUCCUCCCUGAGUCACAGAUAAGAGCGACCUGUAAAGAAACUACACUGGCCAUCAAAUAUAUCGCCAAUUAUGUCCUCUCUCAUUCUUCCUAAAUGUCCUUUACAUUUUCUGUAUUCUUUCCUGUGCAUAAAUCAUAACAGCAAAUGA